UCAACAAUCUUUGCACAAAGUUGGUUUCCUUGCAAUUUAGAAACUCUAGAAUGGAUUUAGUAACAACCAAUAAUGAUAUAGAACUGUAUAACGAAUCAAUGAAACUGAUAUGUCAUUAUAUAGAUAAUGAAACUGAGUUUUAUAUUACACAUUUGAACUUCAAAGUUAUGGGUGACAACACGUACUCCUACAGUUAUCCAUAUUUUCUUCUAAAGAUUCAUAUCCUUGUGUUUAUUAAGAUUUGUUUAGCCUAUAGUAUUAACAGUAAUGAAAGCAACUAUCUCGUAAUAUUUGUAUUCGGAGAUUCUUUGGUUGAUGCUGGAAACAAUAACAGACUGAUUCACUUGGCAAAAUAUAAUGUGGAACCUAAUGGUAUCGAUUUUCCUGGCGGGAUACCUACUGGUCGAUACACCAACGGACAAACGGCUAUUGAUUUUGUAGGUCAAGGAUUGGGUUUCAAGAACUUCAUUCCGCCUUACAAUGAUCCAACUACUGCAGGAGAAGUUGUUUUACAUGGAGUCAAUUAUGCAUCUGGUAGUAGUGGAAUUCUUGAUCACUCCGGUUAUAUGUUUGGAGAUCGAUUCAGUAUGGAUGAACAAGUUGAUAAUUUUGCCAAAACAAGGCAAUACAUAAUCUCGAGCAUCGGCACUAUUGCGGCUUCCGAGCUUUUCUCCAAGUCUCUCUUUAGUGCUGGUAUAGGUUCAAAUGAUUUCGGUCUCAACUAUUUCACUCCAUUUGUUUCAAUAGUCAAUCAAAAGUUGAUUCCUCUAGACGAAUUUGUAGAUUCAAUGAUCUCAAAAUAUAGACUUCAACUCACGACAUUGUAUGAACUUGGUGGUAGAAAGUUUGUCAUUCAAAACAUUCCACCUAUUGGUUGCGUCCCGUUUGAGAGAGCAUUGAACAAGCUAUGGAACGGGGGUUCUUGUGUCGCACCCAUAAAUAAUGCGGCCAUGUUAUUCAACACGAGAUUGAAGGCAUUGGCAUUGGAGUUGAACUCGAAUCUUGUUGGAUCACAGUUCCUUUACGCAGAUAUAUACUACAUUGCUUGGGAUCUCAUCAAUAAUUAUCAGACUUAUGGUUUUGAGAACAAUGAUUCUGCAUGUUGUCGCGGAUUGGGUCCUUACGGAGGGUUGGGAUUGUGUCGUCCAACUUCGGAAGUUUGUUCUGACCGGAGCAAAUACAUAUUUUGGGAUUUGGCUCAUCCCUCGGAGGCCGUCAACUUGCUCGUUGCUAACCGAUUGCUCGAUGGUGAUCCCAACGACAUAUACCCGAUAAAUAUCCGUCAACUCUGUAACAGCUAAAGAUCUUUAAAUAUAAUAAUUCGCGAUAAACAAUAAUUUAGGAUUUUAGAGAAAUUAGGCCCCUUCGUAUGGGUGUGGCAAACAUUCAUGUUUGCCGUUUAAGCACCCACUAUGGAGCUGGCUAACUGGCAAACUGACCUAACUAAGUGGCAAGGUCAGAUCAAGUCUCCACCGAGCGGUCGAGUCUCGGCUGCUCGGUCAACACUACACUGAGCGGUGUAGUUUACACCGCUUAUUAAUUGUUUAGUCGUUUUUUUUCUUC